UUACUUGUUUAUUAUUGACCUUGUCCUUGGUCUUGGUCGCCUUAUCCACCACGCCUAAAAUCAACACCUUAGGAAAUAAAAUUGCCUUAUACAUUUGGUAGCUCUUGUAGACUUGACCUUGCAUUCUCUUCAUUCCCAAGUCAUGGCUGCACCCAUCUUCCUUAUCCUCUUCUGGGUUUUCACCUUCAGUUGCUCUGUUUUUGAGGUUACACAUGCGAGCCCUGACAUCCACUAUCCGUUUCACAUAAAAGGUAAACAACCCCAGCAUGAUUCUCAUUUUGAGCUGCUUCAAGAAAACACCACCACCACUAUCCACUUUCCAUCUUAUGGAGAUUUGUUAGUGAAUUCCAUUUCCUAUGACACCAAAAACAUUUAUCUUGCUGACCCAAAAAACUGUCCACACAGAGUCUUUAUGAACCUCAACCUCACCCUCACACCGUUCCAAUACUAUUAUGUUCUGAAAAACUACACAUACCUCAAUUGCUCCACCAAGCUUUCAUCUCCUUUCAUUGAGAUUCCAUGUUUAAGUGAUUCAAGUUAUCAUGUUUACACGGUUGAUCCUGCACUUCCUGUUCCGGGUUCAUGUAAGGGAAUCAAGACCGUUGCUAUUCCUUUCAAGUAUAGCCCUUAUCUAUCAGACAACAGUUUUGGUCUCAGAUUAACAUGGGACCUGCAUGAUUCUAGAGAAGAAGGAAACCAGACAAGAGAUUCCCACAUGACACAUUAUGCUGUUGUAGGUGUCAUCAUCUGUGUUUUGGUGAUGGUAACACUUGUAAGCAUAAAGGUUCAUGUGUCCAGGAGGGAUUUCGAUAAGAAAGAAAGACAGUUGUUGCUGGCAGAUUUUUAGCACACAGUAUUAGACUAUUAGUUCACGUGAGACAAUGUUGCAGGUGUAUAACAUUAUGUGUAUUUCAAUUCAGGAAUGUCAUCCAUAUCACCAUAUGUAUAUUAGUACUUAUUUCAAGCAUCUUAAGUCAGGUCAUAUUCUCAUAUCACAAA